AUGGCGAGGCGUCUGCAGCUGCUGCUGGCGGUGGCGGUGGCGGCGCUUGCGCUGUCGUGCGGUGUGGCCUCGGCGGCUGGGAGACCCAAGACGGUGACGCCGUUGAAAGACGGAAAGCCGUCGCCCAACUCCAAGUUCAUCACCAUCACCCCCAACAAGUUCCACAAGCGCAACUACCAGGUCGCCUGCAGUGACGAAGGAGGCCCGUCCUGCUACGUUGGCUGCCCAAAGCAAUGCCCCAACAAGUGCCUCGUCUUCUGCUCCUACUGCCUCAGCUUCUGCAUGUGUGAUAUCUUCCCGGGCACCUCCUGCGGCGACCCUCGCUUCACCGGCGGCGACGGCAACACCUUCUACUUCCACGGCAAGAAGGACGACAACUUCUGCAUCCUCUCCGACGCCGACCUCCACAUCAACGCCCACUUCAUCGGCAACCACAACCCCGACCUCAAGCGCGACUUCACCUGGGUGCAGGCCCUCGGCGUCACCUUCGGCGACCACCGGCUCUACGUUGGCGCCCGGAAGUCCGUCGAGUGGGACGAGGAAGAGGAACACAUCCAGAUCACCUUCGACGGCGAGCCCGUCGACAUCGACGCCGUCAAGAACGCCCGCUGGGUGUCCAAGGCCCUGCCCGGCCUGUCCGUCACGCGCAUGGACACCGUGAACACCGUCAUGGUGGAUCUCGCCGGCGUCUUCAGCAUCUCGGCCAACGCCGUGCCCAUCACCGACGAGGACAACAGGGUCCACAAGUACGGCAGGACCGAGAAGGACAGCCUCGUGCAUCUCGACCUCGGGUUCCAGUUCCAUAACCUCACCAAGGACGUCGACGGCGUGCUCGGCCAGACCUACCGCCCUAACUACGUGAGCAAGCUGGACAUCAAGGCCAAGAUGCCCAUCAUGGGCGGCGCACCAAAGUACCUCUCGUCGGGUCUCUUCUCGACCGACUGCGCCGUCGCCAGGUUCCACCGCGGCGGCGGUGUCGUCACCACAUUCGCCUCCUAAAUAUAUGGCGGCCGGGUCUCCGCGCGCUAGCUGAUCUAUCCUUGCCAUGGAUAUGAUGGAAUAUGUCAAAAAUAUCGAUCACCAAUGCCUCUAGCUUGUAGGGUCGUUUAAACAUGCAUGCAUGCAUGCGAGUGGGCGUGCAUCUCGUAACAA